AUGGGACAACCCGCCACCGUCCUCGAAGCGAGUGCGGUGACAGGGCGGUUGAUCAUAGCCGCCGUUGCUGGAGCUUUCGCCGGAGGAGGAGCCGCCGCUGCUGGACGAGCCGCGGCCAUCACUGAGAGCGAGCUCGCCCUCGUCCUCGUCGUGGCCGUCACCAAGGCUAAGCACUUCGCCACCGUCGUUGUCUUCAGGGUAGGGGUGCGUCGGAGCCUCUCUUUUGCCAAUCGACUCACCAUCACUCCACGGCUUCCAUGGCUGACGCUCGUCGAGCCCGUGCUGAGCGCCGGGCCACCCUCGCUACUCGUGUCGCCCGCCGGUGGGCCUCCUUGUCGUUCUCCAUCGCCUGCCACCAACGCCGCCACCGGCCCUGCGGGGCAUGGGAAGCAAGCUUCGUCGCUGCACCCCUGUGUGCGGCGUGAUGGGCGCACGGCCGCCCCGUCGCCGACUCCGGCUGGUUCGUCGUCUCACGCUCGUCGUGGGCCGGCGGACGCGCAGGCUGCGCUGCUCAUGGCACACCACCUCCUGCGCUACAGUCCUGUCAACGACUUCUACCAAGACUGGUUGGACCACAUCACCGAGCUUGUUAGCGGCGCUGGGGGCUCUCCUGCACCAUCUCUCUCGCUACCUCACCCGCCGCCUGCCGCGGGCGACGUAGUCCAUGGUGCACCUCCGCCACCUCCCCGUCAAGACAUCGCCCUCGGACCAAGGCACGCGGCCCCGCGGCGUGACACGCCGCGCAGGGCGGCCACGCGUGAAGAAAGCUUCCAGGAGGUCCAGCGGCCGCACGAAGAUGCUCCAGUGCUCCCUGCACCACCACGUCAAGACCGCGCGCCGCAUACAGUGGUGGCGCGCGGGCCCCAAGAUUAG